CAUCAUUGGAUCCAAGUUCUAAAAACUCUCUUCUGGGUGGUUUCAAAGACGAGGAAACGGUUGCAGCCAUGACACAGUUUUCUGAACUUCAUGAUGCUUCGUCUAAACCAUGGACUCAGCUCAGUUCCUUCACAGCUUUGGUUUUCCUUCUUCUGACACAAAACUGUUCAGCUCUUCCCCAGGUGGUCGGUCCGUCUCAGCCGGUCCUGGCAACGGUUGGUUCUGACGUUCUUUUGUCGUGUCGGCUGGAACCUGCCGUCGAUGCUUCAGACAUGUCCAUAGAGUGGUCCAGAGAAGACCUAGACCCUUCAUAUGUCUAUGUGUGGUGGAGUGGAGAGGAACUAGAAAGUUCUAAACAUCCUGAUUAUAAAGGAAGAACGUCACUGUUAUUUGGUCAACUGGAGUUUGGAAACGUUUCACUGAAACUCUCCAACGUGAAACUGUCUGAUGAGGGAAAAUACAGAUGCAUCAUUCGUACACUGGGUCGAGGAUGUACUGUUGAACUGGUCGUUGGGACUGAUUCAGUUACAGUCAUCAGUCUAGCAGGACUUGGUAGAACCAGCAGCUCAGUGGACUUAAAGUGUGAGUCUGCAGGCUGGUAUCCAGAACCUGAGGUGUUGUGGCUGGACGCUGAUGGAAACCUCCUCUCUGCUGGACCUACAGAGUCAGACAGAGGUCCUGAUGACCUCUAUACUGUCAUCAGCAGAGUGACUGUGGAGAAGAAACACGGCAACAAGUUCACCUGCAGAGUCCAGCAGAAGAACAUCAAGCAGAGCAGAGAGGCUCUGAUACACGUUACAGAUGAGUUCUUUAAGGUCCAGUCCAGUAACACCUCCACUAUAGUCGGUUUGACUGUUGGUCUGACUGCUGCCUUCGUCCUGUUCAUUCUAGCAGUUUUUCUUUUUGUUCGCACAAGAAGACAAAAGAGGAAAAAGAAGACUUUGGUCAAUCAAAAAGAAGAACAGAUUGGACUACUGUUGGGAAGUCAUUCAGAAACCAACAAUCAGCUCCAUCAGGAGAAACAGAAAAAUGAGACCCUGAGGAAUCAGCUGGUAGAGCUGAAGAUAAAUCAUUCAGAAACCAAGAAUCAGCUCAAGGUGGAGAAACAGAAACUUGAGAACCUGGAGUCUGAGCUGGAAGAGGGAGCCUCGAUGACUUCAGAAGUCCUCAGAAACAUCCUGGAUGAUCUGGAUGAUGAUGAGCUGCAUGAAUUACAGUCGUUCCUGCAGCAGCCCAACAAUGUUCAAGGCCUCCCAGCCAUCAAAGAGAGCCGAGUAAAGAAAAAAAACAAAUGUGACACUGUGGAUGUGAUGGUGGAGAUUUAUGGACUUCAGAGAGCUGUGGAGGUGACCAGGGUGGUUUUAGAGAAGAUCUCCAGGAAUGAUCUGCUGGAGAGGAUUCCUGCCAGCAGCUCAGGACCAGAAGAUCAGACUGUUCCGGGACCAGAACCACGUCCCAUCACAUAUUACCAACAGAAGCUUCAGUCAAACUUCCAGGACACGUUUAAGGUUACAACAGAGGGGUGGGAUGAAGAUAAGCAGCGUCUGGUUGAUAUCUACACAGAGCUGUACAUCACAGCUGGCCGGGACGUGCACGUCAACACACAGCAUGAGGUCCUACAGAUUGAGGAGGUGUGGAAGCCAUCAGACACAGAGACACAGAUCCAACCCAGAGACAUUUUGAAGUAUCCCUCUGGAAAAUACAGACCCAUCAGAACAGUGCUGACCAAUGGGAUUGCAGGGAUUGGAAAAACAUUCCUCGUGCGCAAGUUUGUGUUGGACUGGGCCGAAGAAAGAACCAAUCAAGACGUGCAUCUUAUUUUCCCGUUCACUUUCUGUGCCCUGAAUUCACUGCAGGGAAAAGAGUUUGGUUUGGCAGAGCUCAUUCAUUUCUGUAUCCCAGAAACUAAAGACGUCACAGUGGAGGCUCUGAAUUACAUCUUUACAGCUCUGCAGUCAUCAGGAAACAGCAGCUACCACAAGAGCAGAUUCAAACUGCUGUUUGUGUUUGAUGGACUGGACGAGAGUUGCCUUCGUCUGGACUUUGAUGUCAACAACAUUCGCUCAUUGGACGUAACAAAGUCAACAAAAAUAGAAGUCCUGCUGAGGGAACUUAUCAGUGGAAAUCUGUUGCCCUCAGCUCGCCUCUGGAUAACCACACGACCUGCAGCAGCCAAUCAGAUCCCUGAAAACCUCAUCAACACUAUAACAGAGGUCAGAGGGUUCAUCAACUCACAGAAGGAGGAGUACUUCAGGAAGAGAUUCGGAGAUGAGACGCAGACCAGCAGCAUCAUCUCCCACAUGAAGAAGUCACGAAGCCUCCACAUCAUGUGCCACAUCCCAGUGUUCUGCUGGAUCACUGCUAAAGUUCUGGAGGAGCUGCUGAGAAACAGAGAGGGAGGAGAUCUGCCCAGACCCCUGACUGAGAUGUACUCAGAGUUUCUAAGAUUUCAGAUUGAUCACACAAAAGAAAAGUACGGUCCAGAAAAGUGCAUUCAGUACAUAAAGUCAUUAGCUAAACUGGCUUUUGAACAGCUGCAGAAGGGAAACCUGAUCUUCUAUGAGAAAGAUCUGAGAGAAAGUGGCAUCAACGUGAGUGAAGCCUCAGUGUACUCAGGAGUGUUCACAGAGAUCUUCAAAGCAGAGCGUGGACGAAAACAGGAAGACAAGAUGUUCAGCUUCGUCCAUCUGAGUGUUCAGGAGUUUCUGGCUGCUCUUCAUGUCCAUCAGACCUUCAUCAACUCUGGAAUCAACCUGCUGGAAGAACAACAACAAACAACCUCCAACAAACCUGAUCCAACAGCUUUCUACCAGAGAGCUGUGGACGAGGCCUUACAGAGUCCAAACGGACACCUGGACUUGUUCCUGCGCUUCCUCCUGGGUCUGUCACUGCCGACCAAUCAGAAUCUCCUACGAGGCCUGCUGACACAGACAGGAAGUAGUUCACAGACCAAUCAGAAAACAGUGGAGUACAUCAAGGAGAAGAUCAGUGAGGAUGUGUCUGCAGAGAGAAGCAUCAAUCUGUUCCACUGUCUGAAUGAACUGAAGGAUGUUUCUCUAGUGGAGGAGAUCCAACAGUCCCUGAAAUCAGGACGUCUGACCACAGAUAAACUGUCUCCUGCUCAGUGGUCAGCUCUGGGCUUCAUCUUACUGUCAUCAGGAGAACAUCUGGACGUGUUUGACCUGAAGAAAUACUCUGCUUCAGAGGAGGUUCUUCUGAGGCUGCUGCCAGUGGUCAAAGCCUCCAAGAAAGUUAUACUGAGUGGCUGUAAUCUGUCAGAGAGAAGCUGUGGAGCUCUGUCCUCAGUCCUCAGCUCCCAGUCCUCCAGUGUGACAGAGCUGGACCUGACUAACAACAACCUGCAGGAUUCAGGAGUGGAGAGUCUUUCUGCUGGACUGGAGAGUCCACACUGUAAACUGGAAAACUGA